GUUCUGAAACCAAUUAAAACAUUGUGAUAUAGUAAUGAGGUAAACAAUGCAGUAUAACAAUAGAUUAUCUCGUUCUAGAGCGGAUAUUUCUUAAUGCAGGUAUUGAUAAACUUGUUAUAUUUGAUUUAUCAUCUUUGAUAAUUCCUCAGAUAAUGUUCCAUUAUUUUUAUUUGCUGCUCAUAAAACAGAUGGCUGGAUAUGAAAGCCUCUAAUUAUAUGAAAAGGAACGAAUUGUUAUGAAUUGGAUGUUCCUGAAACACUUCAAAAUGCGGCUGUACAAACAAUAGAAACAUAAUUGCAAUAAUGUAUAAGUCGAUUUUAGACUUGCUAGAAUAUGAGAUAUACCGAAGCUUUUAAAAUGAAAGUUUCCACAAAGCUAGGAUUUUAUAAAGGAAAUUAAUAAAAACGGAAUUGUUAAAAUUAAUAACAAAGGGCAGAAUUGCGUGGGAUUUCUACGUUGCAAUAGUGCAAUGCGAAAUUAAACUGAUAUAAAACAUACUAGAUUAAAGAACAUAAAAAUAAGAUAAUAAUCUAUAUAAAAAAGUAAAUAUUUGAAAUGGAAAAGUCAGAAAUUUCUGAAGGAAGUUCCAUAGAAAAUGUGGAUACAUUAGAUGAAAAGGAGAACACUGAGGAUAUGAAUAUUGAAACAGAGACUCGGUGUCAAUCUUGUCUUCGUGUGUUCAUAAAAUGUUUGAGACGUUUUAUCGCCUUUUUGUUCUCGCAUGUUGGCCUAACUUGUCUUGUGGUUGGAUACGCCAUUCUUGGUGGAAUCCUCUUCAAAGCCGUUGAGUUGCCUGAAGAGAAGCUGAUCCGACAAGACGCUGUUGAUACCAAAAACUCUUACGCUAGAAAAAUUGUAGAAUUAUUCGACGGCUCGGACAUUCAAAAGGUUUUGGACAAACCUGCUCUGAAUAGACGACUGGAUGAUUUGUUGAAGGAAUAUCAAGAUGAAGUAUAUGUUUUUACCGAGGAAAGAGACUGGGAUGGACGAUUUGAAGGGGACGAUUUUCAGUGGUCCUUUGCAGAGUCCCUUUUAUAUUCUGUUACAGUCAUUUCAACCAUCGGUUAUGGAAACAUAACGCCUAAGACAAUAGGCGGGCGUUUGCUGACAAUCGUGUAUGGAAUAGGUGGUAUCCCUUAACCAUGCUGUGUCUACAUAACAUAGGGAACCUGAUGGCUGGCUGUUUCCG